UGUAUUUCCUGCGGUAUCUAAGCCAGUAGAGUCAGAGAGUACAGAGACCAACAGUCUUGUGAUAUGUAUUAAACGUUUUUGCGGCAUUCCCUGCAGUUUAGAGCACAAAGAUGAGUAUUUUGCUGGAAGUGAUGACGGUUUCUCGUCAUUUUGGCGACCUGCCGUUGUUUCUGGCGGCUACAUGUGUGUGUCUGCUGACAUAUCUGUAUCUCCAGCGGCCUAGGAACCUACCACCUGGACCCAGGGGAUGGCCGCUUCUCGGAAACAUCCCCAUGGUAGCCAAGUCCGCCUUUCUUCCCGCCACUCUGGCGGAGCUGUCCAAACGGUAUGGUGACGUCAUGACCAUCUGGAUGGGCCGGGUUCCCGCCAUCGUUCUUUCUGGGUACGAGACUAUCCGGACCGCCCUGGUCAAGAGAGCUGAAGACUUCUCCAGUCGCAAAAUACCACCAGUGGCAACAAUGGCAGGUAGAGAUAAAGGUGUCCUGCUGGCACCCUACGGACCACACUGGAAACACCAGCGUAAAUUCGCCCUGAUGACUCUCCGGGACUUCGGCUUCGGCAAGCGGAGUUUGGAGGGCAAGAUCACCGAAGAAACCAACGCACUUGUACAGGAAAUUCUGUCGUAUAACGGACAACCAUUCGAUUUAAAGAUCAUGAUGCAAAACGCUGUCAGUAACAUCAUUUGUUCCAUUGUCUUUGGGGGCAGAUUUGAAUACGGCGACCCUGAUUUCCUACGGCUGAUUCGCCUGUUGAACUCGGUAGUUGAAGCAAAGCCCUCUGCCAUAGACAGGCUUGAAAUGAUACACCCCGUGUUUCGGUGCCUCCGCCUCAUCGGAACAUCAAAGAACGGUAAGGUGAUGAGAAUGAUUCAGACUCUACAACAGUUCUGCCGUGAACAGAUAGAGAAGCACAGGCUGACCUUUGACCCAAACGACAUCCGGGACUUUAUCGAUGCCUUUCUCCUAGAGCAGCAGCGAGCUCCGGAGGAACAAGCUCGGGAGCACUUUACUGACAAACAACUGCAAGAGGUGCUGAUGGAUCUAUUCGUGGCCGGUACUGAGACCACGGCCACAACCACCCGCUGGGCCCUGCUGUACAUGAUGCUCAACCCUGACAUCCAAGAAAAGGUUCAUCAGGAGAUAGACUCGGUGUUAGGGCAGAGCGCGCCGUCCUACGCACAACGGGACCUGCUGCCCUACACAACAGCGACCCUAGCGGAAGUUCAGCGAAUUAACUCCAUCGUGCCCCUCGUUGUUCGAGGGGCGUCUAGGGACACCACCUUUAAUGGCUACAACAUCCCUCAGGAAGGAAGAAUUUUGAUCAACCUGUGGUCCGUGCACAUGGACCCUCAGCUGUUCCCGGAGCCGAACACCUUCCAACCAGAACGUUUCCUGGAUAAGAACGGAAACUUCGUCAAACACGAGGCGCUCAUCCCGUUUUCUAUGGGCCACCGGAUAUGUCUUGGUGAACAGCUGGCCAAGAUGGAGCUCUUCAUGCUGUUCGUCUCCCUGAUGCAGCGCUUCACAUUCAAUCUGCCAGAGGGCGCACCUGAGCCGUCCAUGUUGGGAAAGUUUGGCGGAGUUAUCAAUGUGCCUUUCCCGUUUGAACUGUGUGCGGUUGCACGUUGUUAACUUCAACAAAUAUUGAUGAAAUACAGGCAGGACAAUGACAAGCUCUUAGAUCUUUAGAGUGCAAAAUUUAAAUUCCCGGUAGGAAGCCUUACGGGUGUGCAGAGAAUCUGUUUUAAAAAUCAUAACUUUCAAUAGGAUCAUACAACUAAAUUCAAAAAGGCCAACAUUUGCUUGAGCGCAAAGAAUAGAGGUAUGCAUUCCUGGGACUACUGUAUACUUUCACUUGAAACUGUUUGUUAACAAAUUCAAAAAUCAGAAAAAAUGAAGUGGAAUUACAAACAUGUGAAAGUGACAGUAAGUUUAUACCUUAAACUACCUCUUAUCUUGAACAUUGUACUUAAAAGGCUCAUGUUUAUGAAUGUCUUUUCAAUGCAUAUAUUACGCUAAGUAAUUAGCCGUUUCCAUAGUACUUUUCUAAUAUGGAUAACGUUAAGAAUACAGUACUAGUGCUUGAACCCUACAUAUAGGAAAGCAUUGAUGUAAUGAAUUCAGUUCAUCUCACCUCACACAAUUAUGUAUUUUGUACCAUGUAUGUAAACAUU